AUGGAGUCGGAGGCAUUUGAGGAUAUGCAAAAGGGAGGGGGAGCUUUGCGUACAGUGAAGGAUUUGACUGCUGGUGCUGCGGGCGGCAUUGCGCAGGUUUUACUUGAUAUUGUCAAGGUCCGGUUACAGACAACAAGCCAGUACAAGAGUGCACUCGACUGCGCAACUCAGAUCUUCAAGAAUGAGGGCCCUAUGGCUUUCUACAAGGGAACGCUGACACCCUUGAUCGGUAUUGGUGCUUGCGUCAGCGUACAAUUUGGCGCCUUCCACGAAGCCCGAAGACGACUUGAGGAACUCAACAAGAAGAAGUAUGCCGAUUCCACCCUCUCCUAUGGCCAGUACUACAUGGCUGGAGGUUUCGCUGGUAUCACCAACUCCGUCCUUUCGGGACCCAUUGAGCAUGUUCGUAUCCGCCUGCAGACCCAGCCUCACGGCGAGGGUCGGCUGUACAGCGGGCCCCUCGACUGCAUCCGGAAGCUGUGCGCUCAAGGAGGUGUGCUUCGCGGUCUCUACCGCGGCCAGAACGUGACGUACCUCAGAGAAAUCCAGGCCUACGGUACCUGGUUCCUGACCUUUGAGUACCUGAUGAACCAGGACGCCAAGCGCAACAACGUCAAGCGCGAGGAGAUCUCCAGCCUCAAGGUCGCAACCUACGGUGGCCUUGCUGGUGAGGUUCUUUGGCUGAGCAGCUACCCCUUCGAUGUGGUCAAGAGUAAGAUGCAGUGUGACGGAUUCGGUGCUCAGCAGAAGUACAAGAGCAUGACCGACUGUUUCAAGAAGACCUUCGCGGCAGAGGGAUUCGGCGGUUUCUGGAAGGGUCUGGGUCCCACCCUGCUGAGAGCCAUGCCGGUGUCUGCUGGUACAUUUGCAGUUGUCGAACUUACCAUGAGAGCAUUGGGUUGA